UAUGAUAUUAACUGCCAGUAUUGCAAAGGCUUAGCACAAUGGCUACAUACCAAUGCCUAUAUAUCCAUGCUGGAUGGCAUGCAGAUCUGCCCUGGCAUUGGGUUGUGGCAUGUUCAUGGCCACUGCACAGAAUGCUUUGCACAAUAUGCUCCCAAUUGCAUUGUGGAUGCUGGCCAGGUG